ACGGAGGUGGGGGGGGAUCCAGGGCGCGCUCCCGGCGGCGGCGCCGCGCCUCCAUCCCCGCAAAGCCGGCAUGUUCUCCAGGAAGAGCCACGCCGACGUCAGGAAAUCCACGCAGAAGGCGCUGGACCCCAAGCGGGACGUGCUGACCCGGCUGAAGCACCUCCGCGCCCUGCUGGACAUUGUGGAUGGAAGUGACCUGAAGCAGUUUUUCGACAGCAAUUAUUCUCAGAUUUAUUUUAUAUUCUACGAGAACUUCAUAACACUGGAAAACAGCCUGAAACAGAAAGGGAAUAAAUCACAAAGGGAGGAGCUGGACUCCAUCCUCUUUCUUUUUGAAAAAAUAUUGCAGCUACUACCCGAGAGGAUUUUUUAUCGAUGGCAUUUUCGCAGUAUAGGGUCGAUUCUGAAGAAGCUUUUGCACACUGGAAAUUCUCUCAAGCUCAGGUGUGAAGGGAUCCGGCUCUUCCUGCUGUGGCUGCAGGCCCUGCAGACCAACUGUGGCGAGGAGCAGGUGCUGCUGUUUGCCUGCCUGGUGCCUGGCUUCCCUCCUCUGCCUUCCUCCCGUGGUCCCUGCACGCUGGAGAGCCUGCUCAGCCCCCCGGCCACGCCCGACGCCAAGAUCUUCCCAGAAGAAAUAACGCCACUCUUGCCAGCUGUGUCUGGAGAGAAAAUUGCAGAGGACCAGACCUGCUAUUUUCUGCAGCUCCUGCUAAAAUAUAUGGUGAUUCAGGCUGCCAGCUUGGAGUGGAAGAACAAGGAGAACCAAGACACUGGGUUUAAGUUUCUCUUCACUUUGUUCAGGAAAUACUAUCUUCCCCACUUGUUCCCAUCUUUUACCAAGCUGACCAACCUCUACAAACCUGUGCUGGACAUCCCAGAUAUCAGGCCAAGGCCGGUGUACGUGACUGCAACACGGAACAAUGAGAGCGUGUACUGCACAAAAAUCCCCUACAUGGCAGCCCGGGUGGUCUUCAUCAAGUGGCUCGUCACCUUCUUCCUCGAAAAGAAGUACUUGACUGCUGUUCAGAACUCAAAAAAUGGAGGAGAAAUGCUCCCUAAAAUUAUUCAGACGGUCGCGGCGGGCGCGGAGAAGAGCGCGGAGCCGGAGGGCGGCGCGGCGCCGGCGGGCGAGCAGGAGCGUGGCCCCAGCAGCAGCAGCAGCCUGUGGGACAGGAGGCUCAGCAGCUGCAGCCUCUGCAGCGUGGAGGAGCAGCACCGAGGCGUCUACGAGAUGGUGCAGGGCAUCCUGCUCUCCACGCGCGGAUACGUCAACUUCGUCAACGAGGUGUUCCGCCAGGCUUUUCUGCUGCCCCCUUCUGAUAUAUCUGCCACACGGAAGGUGGUGAAGGUGUACCAGAAGUGGAUCCUGCAGGAGAAGCCCGUGUUCAUGGAGGAGCCAGACAAGAAGGAGGACAGCCAGGAUGCUGUUAUUCCCUUGGAAGACUCCCCAGUGCAAACAGACGGUAAACAUCUCUGCUCCGAGCCCUGCGGACACAAGCGCUCCUCCAGCUGGGGCAGGAGCUACUCCUUCACCAGCGCUGUCAGCAGGGGCUGCGUGCUGGAGGACGAGGACAGGGACGUCAAGGCUGGCGCUCAGGCGGCACUGCAGGUGUUCCUGACAAACUCGGCGAACGUGUUCCUGCUGGAGCCGUGCACCGAGGUGCCCGUGCUGCUGAAGGAGCAGGUGGACGCUUGCAAGGCUGUGCUCAGCAUCUUCAGGCGCAUGAUCAUGGAGCUGUCCAUGAACAGGAAGACCUGGGAGCAGAUGCUGCAGAUCCUCCUCAGAAUCACCGAAGCUGUGAUGCAGAAGCCCAAGGAGAGCCAGGCAAAGGACACGUUUGCUCAGAGCAUGGCGGGGCUGCUGUUCCGGACGCUGAUCGUGGCCUGGAUCAGAGCCAACCUGAGCGUGUACAUCUCCCGGGAGCUGUGGGACGAGCUGCUCAGCGUGCUGUCCUCCCUGACCGACUGGGAGGAGCUCAUCACCGAGUGGGCCAACAUCAUGGACUCGCUGACCGCCGUGCUGGCCAGGACCGUGUACGGCGUGGAGAUGACAAACCUGCCCCUGGACAAGCUCAGCGAGCAGAAGGAGAAGAAGCAGAGAGGCAAAGGUGGUGUUUUGGAGCCUCAGAAGACAGCUGUAGUAGGAAGAUCUUUUUCAUUAAGCUGGAAAAGUCACCCCGAAGUUGUGGAGCCCAUGAGAUUCAGAAGUGCCACAACCUCUGGGGCCCCAGGAGUGGAGAAGGCAAGGAACAUUGUCCGUCAGAGAGCCACAGCUAAGCGAAGCCAGUCUAUCAGCAACUGUGUCCAUCUUUAUGAGGCUUUGCCAGCCACUAAAAGUGUGCCUCUUCUGCUUCACACUGUGAGCUCUCUCUUCCCUGGUAUCUCUUACACUUCUUGCUCUCACAGACUGUCAGAAGUUGAAGAAUCCCAACAGCUGGAAAAUUCAGAAGGAACAGAAUCUGCAGGCCCAUUUGCAGACCAGGAGCAGCAGCUAACUCGAAGCAGCAGCACUUCAGAUAUUGCAGAUCAGAUUCCCUCUGAUUUUUUUCAAGGUAAAAAGGCUGGAAAUUCAACUUCAGACUCCAAGUCCGUCCAGGAAAUCAAGGGAUAUGCAAAGGAGCUUGAAGCUGAGCAAGUGCUGAUGCGCAGGAGCAGCAGCACAGCCGAGCUGGAUCUGAGGGCAGACCUGCAGCAGUCACACGGGUGCUACAGGGAGAGGGAGAAAAGUGAGAGCCUGAGCAGUGACGCCUCCCUGGGCUGUGCAGCUGACGUGGACAUCGCUCUGGUGGCCUGGCAGGGGGCUGAGGAUGACCCCGAGGCCGCGGUGGCCGCAGGGACGGGCGGGGAUCCCACGGCACCGCGCUGGCUCCAACUCAGCCCUUCCCAGGAGCCUGCCAACCUCACAGACAGCAGUGAGUUCCUGGCUGACGACUGCAGUAUAAUUGCUGGUGGGAGCCUUAUUGGUUGGCAUCCCGAUUCUGCUGCCGUGCUGUGGAGGAGGAUCCUGGGCAUUCUUGGAGAUGUGAACAACAUACAGUCACCCAAGAUCCAUGCAAAAGUUUUUGGCUACCUUUAUGAGCUGUGGUAUAAACUUGCAAAGAUCCGGGACAACCUCGCCAUCAGUGUGGACAACCAGUCAACUCCUUCUCCUCCCGUCCUCAUCCCUCCCCUCAGGAUAUUUGCAUCGUGGCUGUUCAAGGCAGCCACGCUGCCCAGCGAGUACAAGGAGGGGAAGCUGCAGGCGUUCCGGCUGCUCUGCGCCAUGAUGAGCCGGCGCCAGGACCUGCUGCCCAACUCCGACUUCCUGGUGCACUUCUACUUCGUGCUGCGCCUGGGGCUCACCAGCGAGGACCAGGACAUCCUGAACACGGUGAUAAAGCACUGCCCUCCGUGGUUCUUCUUCCUGGGGCUGCCUGGCUUCACGAUGCUGAUCGGGGACUUCCUGGGGGCGGCGGCGCGCGUGCUGAGCGCGGACACGCCGGAGGCUCCCCGCUCCGAAGCUCACACCAUCCUUGGAGCCCUUGUGUGCUUUCCAAACACCUACCAAGGAAUCCCACAGCUGGGACCCAUCUCAGAGGCUGGUGAGAGCAUCACAGGAGCGGCAGAUGUCAAGUGUUGCCUCAUAAAUAUUUUGUUGAAGAAUGCUGCAGAGGAGCCAAGUGAAGCUGCAAGGUGCAUAGCCAUCUGUGGCCUGGGCGUGUGGAUCUGCGAGGAGCUCACGCAGAGCACGAGCCACCCCCACGUGAAGAAAGCCAUCAAUGUCAUAGGUGUGACACUGAAGUUUUCCAACAAGCUGGUGGCUCAGGUCGCCUGUGAUGUCCUUCAGCUGCUGGUGUCCUACUGGCAGAAGCUUGAGGAGUACGAAUCCUCCCUGUGCCGGAAAAUUACCGAAAUCCUGGUGGCCACCAUCGCCUUUCUUCUGCCCGGUGCCGAACACUCCUCCCUGGAGGCAGAUAAGAAGUUCAUCGUUUCGCUGCUCCUUUGCUUGCUGGACUGGUGCAUGGCACUGCCCAUGAAAAUGCUGCUGGAGCCCAUGUCUACUGGUGCUGUGGAGGAUCAACAUGCGUCCAGAGCUCCUUUGCUGGAUUACAUUUACAGGGUCCUGCACUGCUGUGUCAAUGGCUCCAGCACCUACACGCAGCAAAGCCACUACGUGCUGAGCCUGGCCGACCUCUCCUCUGCUGACUACGACCCCUUCCUGCCCCUGGGGAAUGUCAGGAGCUCCUCAGAGCCAGCCCAGUGCUCCUCCUCCACCGAUUUGGGCAACCUGCUCACCGUGGCUGAAGAGAAGAGGAGGAGGAACGUGGAGCUGAUCCCUCUGACGGCGCGGAUGGUCAUGACCCACCUGGUGAACCACCUGAGCCACUACCCGCUGAGCGGGGGCCCCGCCGUCCUGCACAGCCUCCUGAGCGAGAACCACGACAACUCCUUCGUGGAGUCCUCCGAGCUGUGCUCCGAGGUGUUCCGCAGCCCCAACCUGCAGCUCUUCGUCUUCAACGACAGCACUCUCAUCUCCUACCUGCAGAUCCCCGCCGAGAGCAGGGCGGGCGCCCCGCCGGGCGCGGCGCCCUCGGCCGUGCGCGUCAUCGUCAGGGACAUCUCGGGGAAGUAUUCCUGGGACGGCCACGUGCUCUACGGGCCCCUGGAGGGCUGCCUGCCGCGGCACAGCGCCGACGCCUUCGCCUUCACCAUCCCCAGCCAGCCACAGGCGCCGCACGGGCUGUGCCAGGAGCAGGACACCCACGUGGAGGAGGGCGAGGAUGCCCUGGACCAGCUGCUGGAGCGGCUGGGCAGCAGCAGCCCCGAGUGCCUCCCGCACCCGCAGCGGCGGCUGAACGAGCCGGCGCCGCCGCCGCGCGCCAUGAGCCCCGAGCAGGAGCGCGCCAUCACCGAGGCGCUGCUGCGCCAGAGCGCCCAGGAGGCCGAGUUCAUGCACAGGUGCAGCUCCCACUGCAGCAUGAGGCUGGCCCCGCAGCAGCCACCCCCGCCUGCCCAGCCACAGGCCUCCUUCUACUUCUGCCGCCUGCUGCUGAACGACUUGGGGAUGAACUCCUGGGAUAGGAGGAAAAGCUUUCACCUGCUGAAGAAAAAUUCCAAGUUGCUGCGAGAGCUGAAAAAUCUGGAUUCCCGCCAGUGCCGUGAGACUCACAAGAUCGCCGUGUUCUACAUCGCCGAGGGACAGGAGGACAAGUGCUCCAUCCUGGCCAACGCCAGGGGAAGCCAGGCCUAUGAGGAUUUUGUGGCUGGGCUGGGCUGGGAGGUCGACCUGUCCACGCACGGCGGGUUCAUGGGCGGGCUGCAGCGCAACGGCAGCACGGGGCACACCGCGCCCUACUACGCCACCUCCACCGUGGAGAUCAUCUUCCACGUGUCCACCAGGAUGCCCUCCGACUCGGACGACUCCCUGACCAAGAAGCUCCGCCACUUGGGGAACGACGAGGUUCACAUCGUGUGGUCGGAGCACACGCGCAACUACCGCCGGGGCAUCAUCCCCACCGACUUCGGGGACGUGCUCAUCGUCAUCUACCCCAUGAAGAACCACAUGUUCUUCAUCGAGAUCAUGAAGAAACCCGAGGUGCCGUUCUUCGGGCCCCUCUUCGACGGCGCCAUCGUGACGGCCAAGCUGCUGCCCAGCCUGAUCUGUGCCACGUGCAUCAACGCCAGCAGAGCCGUCAAGUCCCUCAUCCCUCUCUACCAGAGCUUCUACGAGGAGAGAGCUCUGUACCUCGAGGCCAUCAUCCAGAACCACAAGGAAGUGAUGACGUUUGAGGAUUUUGCUGCUCAGGUCUUCUCUCCCUCUCCCAGCUACUCCCUCGGUGGAACUGGUGAGUCCCUGCACAUUGUUCUUCUCUGUAGCCCCAAGAAGCACUCGAGCAGCAGAUGUACACCUGUUUUUUGUAGAUAAAUGCUUGCAAAUUUAAGAAGACUAUUCUUCCCCUGAAUCAACUAAUGAAUAUCAAAAGGAAUGAUGACAUUCAUUUUAAUUUGUUUUGCAUCAGAGCUAUUCACACUGCUCCUUUCUUCAGCUAUCCUGUUAACCCCCAACUCCGGGGAGGUUAAUGAACUUUCUCGCAGCGAUGGGCUCAGGCUCAUUCAGGACUCCGGGUUCUUGCUGAGCUGGGACUGAGCUGUUCAAAAGCGAGGCCUGAAUCGGGGCUCACUUAUCAGAAAUAGUUCCUCGCAGGGGAAGCUGCUGCUAAUGCUAAAUGGGGAUUAUUCUGCUGAGCUGCAGGGUCAGGGAUUAAUGCCCAAGGAGCGCAGGAACGGGGUGCUGCGGGGGAAUCGCGGCGGCGUGCGGGACACGGGCGCGUCCCCUCGGUGCAGGCAGCCCCGAGCCCCUGGCCUGGGCUGUGUGGGGUGUGUGGGGUGUGUGGGCACACCCCAGUGCUCAGCAGGCCUGCUGAGAGGUGCCAGCAGCGUGCCCAGCUCCGGGAGUUUAUUCCUCACGGAGGGCUGGGUUAGGGAGCACUCGCGAUCGCUGCCCAGCUGGUCUGGUUGAGUUUAAGUGAACCUCUCCUGAAAGGGAGUUUGGCUCUGAAAUGCACGUUUCUAGUGCCUUCAAAAUGUGGGUUUUUUCCAGCAUCCAGAAAGGAUCUGGUCACCAUGUGCUGGACUCCCUAACAAAGAUUCCUUAAUCCAUCGUUGACACUCCUAGGGUGACACUGGCACUUUCUAAUCAUCCCCUGCUUCUCUUUUGCAUUGCUGAAUAGAUAAUUUCCAACCUGUAUAAACGUUGCAGGACAUCUGCUCUAUUUCUCUUUAGCCCGACUUGUUAGCAGAUAUCUCCCAUCUAAACUGAAACACUGAAGGAAGAAAUUAAAUUUGCUCGCAUAAAUCACUUAGGAAUAAAACCAGCCGCGCAGCAUUGUCUGGCGUUGCUGGCUCCGAUCCUGGCGUGCUCGGAGCUUUGUGAGGAGAUAAGAGGCGUGUGCUGGCCGGGCAGUGGUGGCCAGGAGCAGCAGGCAGAAGGCUUUGGAGAUAAGCGCUGGCAGGAGGGGGAGGAAGCCGGGGCCAUUUACAUAAUCGCGCCUCUUGGUCCUGGAGAGGCGUCAGGGAACACGGGAUGGAUCUAUUGAUCUCUGCUGAGCUGGAAUACUAAACAACGCUCGGGUAGCUUAUAUCUUAAAGCUUUGAUUAAUGUUUCCUACAUUAAAAAGUAGAACAGCUGUGCAUUAAAUUCUUUUAUACACUCUGCCAAAAGUCUGGGACAAAAAAAAAAGAUCGCCCGUUUCAAUGGGAGCGCGGCGCGUGCCCAGGGCUGGCUGCUAGCACUCGAAUCCUUUAUCUGUGGGCGUAUCAGCAAAUAGAAAUGGAGAUACAGCGAUCUGCUUUAAGCAUUUUGCGCUGUGCCUGGUUGUGUUUCGGUUCCAUGUUGAUGUUAGCACACGGUGAGCUGUGUCUGCCUAACACGUUUAAAGUGUUUCCCAGGAGCUGAGGAUUUCAGAAUUCUAUUAAAUUGAGAGUACCCGGGUAUGAAUUCAUUAUUUAAAUUGCUUUUAAGUGCAGAGCCUCCCCCGGUCAGGUCCCGAUUUUCAGAGUUCUGAGCCCCCAAAUUAAUUUCCCACUCGUGAACUGGAGGCUGGCCGUGACUUCUGGUGUCAGAAUCUCUGCUCCAGAGAGCCUCCUCUCACUACCUGCUGAUUGCCCUGCGUAUUUGGUGAGUGAUGAGCAGUAUGGCCAUGGGGAUGUGUUUUGUGUUUUCCAUCAGAUGCCCCUCAGCAUCCAGCAGGGAGCCUGGAUGCAGCUCCAGGCACAGAUCCACCUGUCCUGCACCUGCAGGAAUCACCUGUCUGCCUCUUAGGAGUACUGGGGGCAUUUUUCUGUUCUGGAAGAGAAAGAUGGAGUCAGGGAGCAGUAAAUGAAGAGAAGCACUUUUCUCUGAAGGAGGGGCCAGGCACAGGCUGCCCAGGGAGGCAUUGGAGGCAUUCCCCAUAUCUGGAAGUGUCAGGAUGUGAUUUGGGGUGAGGAUGGUGGUGCUGGGUUGGCCGCUGGACUUGUUGAUCCCUUCCAGCCUUUGCUGGUUCUGUGGGAUGCAUGGAGCUGGCACAGGUGGCAGUACAAGCCAUCUGGUACUGCUGACUCUGCCCAGCAGAAACUGCUCAGGUAAAUUUAAGAUUCCUUCUCAUCUGAUGUGGUUCUUGUGAUGCCCCUCAGGUGUGAUCCUGUGUGCAGCAGAGAGGGUCAGGGAGUGAGGGUGCUGCUUAUCACUUAGCACAGGGAGAAAUCAAACUCAGCUCUCAGUGACACUGAGCUAGGAGAUAAUUAUUUCAGCUGGAUGUUCCUGCGUUUUCUGGUGCUGCCCCUGGAUAUGCACCCCCAGGCUCAUGUGGGAUGUGGUUUUCCUGCCCUGGUUUAGUCUCCCUGACACCAGUCUUGCAGGUGCUGCAUUUUCUGCAGGAAGAUUGUCCAGUGUAUCUCCUUUGCUGUUUUGAGAAGCAUAGCCCUGAACUCCCUGUAUGGAUCAGAGAUAGCCCUGAUAUCUUCAGCAUUGAAAGUGCAGCCUCCUAGGCAGAAUGGCCAUCCCCAAACUCAUUUAGGGGAUGUGCAGAUUAGGAACAAAAGCUGGGAAUACGGCCCUUUGUUGUUAAACUGGUGCAUUACAUGCUGUAUUUUAAUUAGGCAGGGUUUGAGAGGCAGCCCAGGAAAUCCUCCAUAAUCCAACACUAUUGAAUUAUUCUUUCCCUCUGUAGAUUUCUCUCCUUUUAGUGGACAGGCUUUAAGCUGCUGCUCUUCCUCCCUCAGCCAAAAGCAGAAAUAGUUAUUCAACAAAAUGCUUGUGUGUUGUUUAAAAAAAAUGGGUGAAGCUGAGGUGGGCAGAGCAGCGCCCCGACUUCAGCUGCCUCUGUGGCUCACGGGGGUUCCUUGGGGCUGUUUUUGUGGAAGAGCAGCAGGUGCAAACCUCGGGGAGUGGAAGGGAUAUAUCCCAGGGUAUUCCAGGAGAGCUGUGCAGUCACAGCUUUCCCAGCACAAGGGCAGUGUCCGAGGGGUUUGUGCUCGCCGUGGCAGGUUCCUGCUUCGCAGGGAAGCCCCUAGCCCGGCACCUCAGGGGUUAAUGGGAACGGGCACACUUGACUGCUGAGAGGACUGAUCUAAUCACUGCCAUAUCCAAGUGCAUCUGUUCACCAUGAGGUCAUUCUUGUGCAUGCUAAUGACUUGGAAAAUAAAGCACAAUGCUCAGCGUUAUCAGGGAGGAUAUAGUGUAAAUCUUGGCUUUUUUAGUUGCUAAUGGCUGGUGUGGAAUGGGCAGAGAAAGCAUCUCUGGUUCUUGCAGUUCCAGCUUGGUGUUUUUUAAAGCAUCCUUUUCAGUGGAGCAUCAGGAAAACUGUGCUGGAAAACUUGGACAUGUGGGAUCUGUUGAUAAAUGGAUUCUUUAAUGAAUAUUAUGGCAUUGCCCAGGAGCAACACUUGAGUCGAGGAACUAUUGAGGUUUUCAGCAUUCCCUGGUUUUAAAGCCUAGGGAGCUGUGCCUGCUGAUUUACAUAAAACCGAGAUUUUGCAGCCUUUUUGUUGCAAAGGUGACACAUGCUUUUCUUUUGUCUCUGGACUUUUACAUGCUCAAAGUUCUCUUAGAAAAAUAUUUGAAUGUACAGCGAACAAGAUCUGGUUUAUUUUAAACCACGUUUUGUUCAGUGCUGAGCUUUAUCUUUCCCACUUUAAAGCAAAAGGGUUAUUUGAUUUGGACAUGCAGAUCUAAAAUAUAUUUUUGACAGAAACAAAACCAAGCCCAGAGUAAUUCUUGUUUUAAACAGGACUGAUGCUUUUUGUAACAGCUGUUAAGCCAAGGAUUCCUUUUGCUUUGGUUUAGUUUUUCUGGGGUUUUUAUACUACUUUGGGGUUUUUGUCCUUUUGUCUUUUUCCUUGAAGCUCUGUAGGGGUGUUUUGGCAGAUCUGUGUCCAGGCUGUGUGUAUUUAUUUAUAUAUAUGGUAUUUUUGUCUGUUAUGCUGGGAAUAUCACAGACACAUCUGAAACUGAGUAGCCACAGUAUCGGAGCACAUGCAGUGUGUGCCAGUGUUGCCUGAAACUGAACUAUUUGUUCCUAAUAGGUGGGAUUUAGGAAAUGCCUGACUGUCCUGGUUGCUAGUGAGACAGGGAAUUGUGGCUGGCACGGAGCAUGUGUGAGGUGGCACUGUCCCUGCUCAGCUCCUGUGGCCACACGGGCUGAUGCAGGUGUAUGCCAAGGGUCCAGGUCCCUGCAGAGCCCUAGGGAAGUGUGCUGGGGUGGUCCCUUGUGCCACCACUGAGGGUGGACAGUCUGAACUUGUCCCCAGAGGCUGGACAGGUGCUGGGACUGCUUCCCCCUCAAGGCUGGUGUUCCCCUGGGGAUCUCCAGCAGUGGGGAGGGAGAGAGGCACAUCAGGGCUCUCAGCCUGGGCUCCUGCCUUUUCCAUGUAAUUGGUUGGCUCAGAGGGCGCUCCUCAGCUACACUCUGUGGGAGAGGAGGUGGUGAGGGAGGGCUUAUCCCAGCAAUCAGGGCUGGGAUGGGCACAAAUAUGAGCUUGACUGAGCUCUCUUCUGCGGGUGACAGCUCCAGCUGCUCGAGCUGUCAGCUCGGAGAAGGCUCCAGGCCAUGUGGCCCCUUCACAUUUUCCCUCUGCAAUGAGGUGAGACCUGGAACAGAGGUGGACCAGAACCAGGGCAAAGCCAUCCAGGGCUUGGGCUGCCCUACCUGUGACACCCACAUAACCCCCAGCAGGUGGGGUCCCCCUGCCUGAGGAUGAACCUCACAGAACUACUCAGCAGCUGCUCCAACUUGUGAGUAAUUAAACUUCCAUGUGUACACUUCAGGCUUAUUUCCUACACCCUCAAAUGGUGGAGGCCCACACUGGUGCCAGGCUGAGCUGGGAGCUGUGGGUGCUGUUCCAGGGUCUGUUCUGUCCCGGUUAACCUGUGGUGUCAGAUUCUCUUUACUGUGUCACUGCUUCCCAGGGCACUGCAGGAUGCGUGUGGCUUUGAUUAACCCAGCUCCAGUUAUCCAUGGGUUCUUCCAUGCAGGUUCAGGAUGCUGCUUGCAGUGUACUUGGAGCCUGUCUUCAGGAGUUGGAAGCAGGAAUGCUGUGCAGAGUUACUGCAGUGAUUCUGUCUGGAAUUGUAUUACCUUUGCAUUUACUAGGAAGGAAAACAAAGAUUUCCACAGACCUGUCCUGGCUGAAAGGUUAAUGGGGGCUGGAACAGGUCACAGCCCAUGAGAAAACUUCGUGGUUCUUUUUAAGUACCAGUCUUCAGCAUCCUUACAGGUCAUGGGCUUCUCCACCCUUGCUUUCAGGGGUGUUCAGCUGCUUCAUGAGCAGUGGCCUAGGGCACGUGCCCUGGGGAAGGAACCAAGUUUAUUCUGUGGACUGGAUUUAAGAUGCAAUACCCCACCUCUCUCUGGCUUCCUGCAAGGUAACCCUGCAUUUAAAGUGCUUCUAUCUAUAUUUUAAUUGUUUUUAAUUUAUCCUGCAAGAAAUGUGUUUUAAAAGCUUAAUGCUCUGUAAGCAGCCUCACCUGUGAGCCUCUCCUCUGUGUGUGUGUAAUGUCUGAGUGCAGGUGUGUGACUGCUCACGACAGGUUUUAUGCAUUCAAGGACUUCCUUCUCUGGGAAAUUUAUGUGGCACCAGGAUCAUCAUGAUGCUCACUUUCUGGAGUUGUAACCUGGCUGUGGUGUCACAGAAAGUUUAGGUCUUUGUGACCUCAAAUUUUAGCCAGUUUGAAAUGGUGUGAGUGCAGCAGUCACAGGGUGCUGCUCCUGCACUGAGUGUUGUCCCUUCUUUUGCUCUUGCACUGACAGUUUUGUUCCCCCCUUUGAUCCUGACAUGCACUGACAUGGUUUUGUUUUCUC